AUGAUACCCUCGCUAAUUUACCCAGGCCAUGGAAUAAUAUCCUGCCGCAUCCCAUCAACAUCCACCAAACCGGCAUUCUCCACUUUUGCAGCAUCGUAUCCCCUCAAAUUUCUUUCUCCUCGCACUCACUCCCCCUCGCUUGCAGCAGUCUAUCUGCUUUCAUACGGGGGAGGAUUAGUCUCUGGAGACUCUAUAACCAUUGACAUUGAAUGUCAUCCGGGAGUAAACCUCAUGUUGCUGACGCAAGGAUCGACAAAAGUCUUCAAACGGCGACCCAGAACCGUGCGCAGUGAUGCGAUGAAAGAUAUGAAAGAUGUAAAAGAUGUAAAACAGAAACGGACAGAACAAAGACUAAAUGUAAAAGUCUACAGUAACGCAUUAAUAAUGCAACUGCCGGAACCGACAACAUGCUUCCGAGGUGCUGAUUAUAAGCAGAGACAAGUCUUUCGUUUAGAAGAUGAUACCGCAUCGGCUAUGAUACUAGACUGGUUUACAAGCGGGCGCAUGUCAAGGGGAGAGCGAUGGGAGUUUAUGAGAUACGAGAGCGGGAUAGAUUUAUUGGUAGGCGAGAACAUGGUGUUUAGGGACGUUGUAUUACUACACGAUCAACACAAGAAUGGACAUGAAAACGAACUCGAUUUAUCAAGUACGAAGAAUAUGGACGUAAAGACUAUGCUGCAUCCGUACGAGUGCUUUGCCACAUUAUUAUUAUAUGGGCCAAGGGUUUUCCCGUUAGCCGAGGACAUUCUCGGUGAAUUUAAAAAGAUUACACUCCAUAAAAGCUCAAAAUUGAUGGGAUUACUAUGGUCUGUGAGCGUGAUAUAUAGGCGUGAAACAGCAGGUACUGAAGAAAGUAUGAGAGGAAUCGUUGUCAAAGUUGCGGGAACGACAACAGAGAUGGUUAGAAACUUUUUGAAUAAUGUGUGUUUGCGCGGGUUGGAUGAUCUCGUUGGUGAGAAUCUAUUCGCGAGAGGAAUUUGA